AUGAAUGCCGUUGAUCUGCUGAGCGACCAAGGCAGCCGUGCUGUAAAUGACUUUGCGCGGUACAAUGGGAUCAGUGAGCAGCGCAGUCACGGCGGAAGUCAAGGAAAGCCAAUUUGGAGGCAGAACUUCGACAAGAUUGUCUGGAUCGCGGUACUGGAUGCUGGUCGCGACCAGAUUGAGAAACGGCCCUCGUUGGAGCCGUGGUGUAUCGCUCUCUUGACCUCGUCCAACCUCGACGACUGGACGCUGGACGCAGAACCGCUGUGCUCUCCAAACGACAUGUUCUGCCCCGAGUGUCCGGAGCUUCUCACCCUCCAACCAGCGGCAAGUGGUAUCUGGUGUAUUCGCGCUUUCACGCUCCCAGUGCGGGCACUGUUUAUCGCGUCGCCGACAGCCCGAGAGGUCCCUUUAGAGUGCCGCGUAAUGGGUCGCACGGCCGCCUUGAUGGCCGUCGAUGGUACGCGGCCGAGUCAUGCCCCAGGGCUGGGAAUCUUGAUCAAAGGGCUGUGCUUUGGCUGGCUUGGUAACUAUGUCGGCGAGCAAGGCAAGUGGCUCUGGGGAGCGGACAUGGGCGUGCCACGGCAGGUGUCCGCUGAUUUGAAAGAAUGGCUGCGCGAGGAUAUGGCGCCCCAGUAUCUCCAUGCCUUGAAAGAGGCAGCAGAGCCUCUUCAGAAGGUUUCAGGGCGAGGAACCCUGCUUCUCGAGACUAUCGGAUCGACCAGGACUAGUUUCCCCAAACUCACUGCCGAGAUAGAACAGCAUGCUCUGCUCAUAUCCUUCAACGUGCAGAAGCAAGGAAGCGCAUUCAUUCGGCUUAGUGCUGCAGGCCGACGAGAGUGGCAAGGCCUUCAGACUCGGCAUCGCGCCGAAUGCGCAUGGUAG